AUGGCCGAUCCAAAUCAAAACAUCAUUUGCGUUCCGGACGAUUGUGCGAUAAAAAUCAACAAAUGGAAAGUGCGUGAGGGCUUUCCAGUGACUAGAGGCAGCAUCAUACUGUUUUACGAGCUGCCUGAUAGUAGUGACAAGGAAGUGAAGCGACUAAAGGCAACAAAAAGCGGCGUCGUCAAGAAACGGCUGGCGCGAGAAGGCGAAACCGUAACACAAGGAAAGCCGGUAUUGGCGCUGGGUCAAUGCAACCAUACGACGGUCAUCAAGGACAUGUGUGCCGACUGUGGGGCCGAUCUACGCCAAGAUGAACCAGGCGCCAAUUGCUCGAAAGCUUCGGUGCCGAUGGUCCAUUCGGUGCCUGAACUGAAGGUGACGGAAACAUUAGCAAAAAAGCUAGGUCAGGCGGACACCCAGCGACUGCUAAAUGACCGAAAACUUGUUCUGUUAGUUGAUCUCGACCAAACGCUCAUCCACACUACCAAUGAUAAUGUGCCAAACAAUUUAAAAGAUGUUUACCAUUUUCAACUAUAUGGUCCCAACUCACCGUGGUAUCAUACGAGGCUGCGACCUGGUGCGCUGGAGUUUCUAGCUAAAAUGCAUCCAUACUACGAGCUACACAUUUGCACAUUUGGUGCGCGGAAUUACGCCCACAUGAUAGCGCAGUUUCUAGAUAAAGACGGGCGUUUCUUUUCUCACCGAAUCCUUUCUCGCGACGAGUGCUUUAAUGCAACCAGCAAAACUGAUAAUUUAAAGGCACUGUUUCCGUGCGGUGAUUCGAUGGUGUGCAUCAUCGACGAUCGUGAGGACGUAUGGAACAUGGCAUCCAACCUGAUCCAGGUGAAGCCAUACCACUUCUUUCAGCACACGGGCGACAUCAACGCGCCACCUGGUAUGUCGAAAAACGAACUCGAUGGGAAAGGUGUUGAUUUUAAGGAGCUUAUGAAUCAGACACGGAAAGAUAAGAAGGUGAAUGAUGUUGAAGACAAUACCCGGCCACCUACUCCGAAGAUAAAGGCAGAUGAAGGUACCAGACACAAACGGGAAGAAAAUAAGGUUGAAACGGUGACGGAGAGUACAGCUAAUUCAGGCGACAGUGAGAAUAUGUGCAUUUUGAAUAAGGUGCACGAUUCGCCGAACAGUGUAAAUGCAGAAACCCCUAACACUUAUAACGAAGACAGCAAAUCAGAGGCAAUAGUUAAAGAGGCUUUUAAAGAGGAUCAGAAAACUCCAUCACAAACUUCGGAAAACAUGAGCUACACGUUGAUGAAGAAAUGUUCUAAAAACCAGGAUGAAGAACAUUCAACGCAAGAAGAAAUUGAUAAUCCUGAAGACGAAGCAACAGAGACGGAAAAUCUUGAAAAAGUAGAUGGAGAAUGUUCGACCCAAACAAGCGUUAAUGAAGGGAGUGGAGCGCACAACGUGAACGAACUUAUCGAAAUUGAGGAUCCCGACGACUAUUUGCUAUACUUGGAGCAUAUACUGCUUAAGAUACACGGAACAUUCUACGCAAAGUACAAUAGCUCGAAAACGAUCCCCGAUCUGAAGCAGCUCAUCCCGUCGGUGAAGGCAAACGUAUUGGUCAACACAAGGCUAUGCUUUUCCGGUCUGAUACCUAACAACGUGAAGCUUGAACAAAGCAAGGCAUAUCAAAUAGCACGAAGCCUGGGCGCGGUCGUUACCCAAAAUUUAGAAACAACGACCACCCACCUAGUAGCAGUUACGAUCGGUACCUCGAAGGUAAUCAAUGCACGCAAGAACGCGGAGAUAAAAAUAGUCACUCCAGAGUGGUUGUGGACGUGUGCUGAGCGAUGGGAACACGUAGAAGAGCUGUUAUACCCUCUAAAGACUUCAAACCCUGCUAAAAUGCGUCAACCACCUCCGCACUGUCACAGUCCUGAACAUUCGGUCAAUUACGAUGGGAGGAGGAAGUCUCGCGACGAACCAAAAUUCAUGGAUACGGUCAACCCGCUGCUUAGCUUUUCGAACGAUGAUCUCGAUGCAAUGAAUAACGAUUUUGAAGAUUUUUUCGAAUCGAACGACAGCUCUAGCGACGAUGAGCCAGUUGACAUUGAAAAUCCGCCAAUGGAAAAAGCGCUACGUAAGCGGCGAAGGGUUGAGGAAAUCAACGCGAGCCAUGGUCGGCAUAACAUUUUUAGGAAGCUCGCGGAAGAAGAUGAAAACCGAAGAUGUGUACUAAAAUACGACAAUGUGGACAACGACGAAAACAGCCAGACAAACGCUUCGGAUGAUGAAGAUGACGACGAUGAAAGCCCAAGUGCUAGAUUUCGGCGUGGCGGUGACCUACCAUCCGAUCUGGAUAUGGGUUCAAAUAGCGAAGGUAGCAAUGAACCGAUCGACGACGUUGACGAUGGCGAUUGGAAUAUGAUGGGUGCAGCAUUAGAGAGGGAAUUCCUGGGACUAGACGAUUAGUUUUAGGAAU